GGGUAGUGAGUGCACUUUUAUUUUGCCGUCAGACAUGGCAGCGUCGCCGUUUCCUGUUUGACGAUGGGCUGUUAACGUUGGUGGCAGUGCCAUGGCAACCGCGACGGGAGCGCACGCAGGGCAGCGGUAACGUGAAGCGGCGGCGGUGGUAACGUGAGGGGUCCCGGUGGAAGCAGUGAGAUGUCUCUGUUUAAGGCUCGGGAGUGGUGGUCGGCCGUGCUGGGCAAGGGGGAGGAGUUUGACCAGGGCUGCCUUUGUGUCGGGGAUGUGGACAACAGCGGAAGUGGAUACGAUAAGGUGGUGGUGGGCAGCUACAUGGGAAUGCUGCGGAUUUUUGCCCCCCACAUCACCCGGCCGGGCGAGCAGAGUGGAGCGGACGCCCAGCUGCUGGAGGUCCAACUGCGAGAUCCCAUCAUCCAGGUGGAAGUGGGCAAGUUUGUCUCGUGCUCAGAGCUUCUUCAUUUAGCAGUGUUGCAUCCCAGAAAACUGUCCAUCUAUGCUGUUUCAGGUACUGCUGGAAACGUGGAACAUGGGGAUCAGUACCAACUCCGACUUGUUUACGAGCACAACCUGCAGAGGACGGCCUGCAACAUGACCUACGGAGCUUUUGGAGGGGUCACGGGACAUCACUUCAUUUGCAUCCAGUCGAUGGACGGGAUGCUGAUGUUCUUCGAGCAGGAGAGCUACUCGUUCGGACGCUUCCUGCCUGGAUUUUUACUCCCAGGACCGCUGGGAUACUGCACCCGAACUGACGCCUUCAUCACCGUCUCCUCGGCCCGCCAAGUCGAGUGUUACAGGUACGAGGCACUAGCGGUUGCCACGGACGCGGACAGCAGACAAAACUCGGAGCAGCAAAGCAAGAAUUCUGGGAAGAGGCUGACGGCUGAAUGGACAUUAGUGUUAGGAGAGCAAGCUCUGGAUAUCUACGUCCCCUCGGUCUCUCCCUCAGCGUCCUCAAUAUUCAUACUUGGAGAAAGGAACCUGUUCUGCCUCCGGGACAACGGCCAAAUCCGUUUCAUGAAGAAACUCGAGUACAACCCCGGCUGCUUCCUUCCCUACGCCUCAGUUUCCGAAGGUACAACCAACAUCCUGCUGGCCAACCAUAACAACAUGCUGCUGGUGUAUCAGGACACGACGUUGAAAUGGGCGGCUCAACUCGCCUGCGUGCCCGUGGCCGUGCGCAUCGCGAAUUUCCCGGAUCUCAAAGGCCUGGUGGUGACCCUGAGUGCUGAAGGGCAUCUGCAGUGCUCCUACAUGGGCACGGAUCCUUCCUUCUUUACGGCACCAAAGGUGGACGCCCGCGAGGUCAAUUACGACGAGGUGGACAAAGAGAUGAAGGCUCUCCAGAAGGUCAUCCGUGAAGUCACCAGGAACCAGGACAUCAUCCCCAAAGCUGAAGCUGAGGACGACCUGGCAGUGACGGCUCUCGUCUCUACCAACUUGGACGAUGUCUCGCAAGCCCUUAUCCCAGAAAUCAACGGCAUUCAUGUCCCUUCUGUUACAGUCAAGGUUAAAGUGAGCAGCCGCUUUGCUGUCCAGAGCGCAAAGAUGAGUGUGUGUGUUCAACCGCCUCUGGCUGUCACUCAGGACCAGUUUGUAUUAGACUCUUUAGGGAGCGGAUCUCAGGUAGUCGUGGCUUUCUCGGCUUUCUUGAACGGACACUACACGCCAGCUGACCUGACCGGAGACGUGGCUGUGUCCUACAGUUCACCCACAGAGCUGAACCCUGCAGGAGUUCCACGAGUAACCCAGUGCAAAUUCGUGCUGCCACUCUGCCUGGUUUGCUGCCCCACCACUGCCUCCAAGAACGCCAAGUACAAGAUCACUGUGGACACCAACAAACCUCCCAUCAAUCUCAGUGAAGCCUUUCCAGAAUUUGCAGACAAGCCUGAGGAUAAGGAAGGUAACGCCCUGGCCUUCCAGUUUAUCGCUGGCUCUCGGGUCACCGUUCUGGCUUCCAAAACAUCCCAGCGCUACAGGAUCCAGAGCGAAAGCUUUGAGGAUAUCUGGCCGGUUGCCAAGGAACUGGUGCAACGUUUCGAGCAGCAUUUUGCCAAGCUUGGAGUCAACGAUUUCCGAAACAGCUUCUCCGGGCCGAUCCCACUAGCUGAAUACUUUGAGAUUGUGGAUCAUCACUUUGAGCUCAGAUUGAAUGCACAGAAAUAUCAGGACCUGCUUUCAGAGCGAGCUGUUCAGUUCAGAGCCAUCCAACGACGACUGCUCACACGCUUUAAAGACAAGACUCCAGCCCCUUUACAGAACCUUGACACACUAAUGGAGGGCACGUAUCGUCAGGUGAUAGCCCUGGCGGAUGCAGCCGAGGAGAACCGAGCGUGUCUGGUGCAGGCCUUCUCCAGGUUACGCAGCUCCACGCAUCUGCUCAUCCUUCUGGUCUCUCUGUGGCAAGGACUCGGCAUCGAGCAGACAGCUAUACUGGAGGCAACACUACUGCCCCUGCUGCAGGAUACACCACAGCUGGGCUGGGAGGAGAGCGUGGACGCAGCUGUGUCUCAUCUCUUGAGAACGUGUCUGUCGAGAAGUCCUAAGGACCAAGCCAUUAGCCUGAGCACCUCCCAGCUAAGCAUGCCCAAAGACACCUCGCGCCUCAAGAAACACAUCACACUGCUCUGUGAUCGCAUCGGCAGGGGAGGGCGCCUGUCACUUUCCUCCGAAGCCAAUGCUCCAGCGCCUGUCAUGAUGCCAGCGUGCUGCGAGGCUGUCUCCGAGUCCAUCAUCGAGGAGGAAGAAGAUCUAUCCUUGCAGCAGGAGGCCACUGAGAAGAUCAUCAUGAAGAAGCAGCCCUCAAAGAAAGCGAAAAGCAAAACAGGUUCAACAAAAGAAAAGAAAGAAAGUUCAGAAAAGGGGUUCAAAGAGAUCAAAAAGGAAUCAAAAGAUCCAACCAUGGAGAAAGAUUUGAAGGAGUCGAGGAAAGACCCGAGCAGGGAGAAUGACUCAGCGCUCGAACCCGACAAAGAGAAAGUCAAGGUGUCCAAAAAGCCCUCGGUCAAGGUCAAAGAGAAGAAGAAAGAAGUUGGGGAUGGAUGAUCCGAUGCAACACAUAUAUAUAUAUACACACACACACACACACACACAUACGUGCACAAACACGAUCGCUUUGGCUUUUCAACAUUCCCUGCACUGAAACCUCAUAUCAGACAGCGAAGAAGUACACGCUGAGCGCCGCGCGAUUUCCAGCAAGACCAAAGCAUCUGUCACGUGUUUCUUCAUUAACAUUUUCAUCAUCACCAUCGUCGGCAUCACUGUCUCAGACAUGGGAGAGCGUUACACCUUAAAGCUUCCUCCUCUGUCAAGGAAACAGAAGCCAUCGGGAAACUUUCUGCAAAGUUUAUUUUCGAGACGGCGAUCGGGAAUGCAGGACGAAACCCACAGUGCUAACCAAGCCACCCACGCAGGGCCAGCAUGACGUCUAACUCUAACCCCUCUCUCUCUUUUUUUUCUUUCUCUCUCUUUCUCUCUUUCUCCUUCUCUCUCUAACUCUUUCGCCCCCUCAUGGGCAACACGCCCUACCAAGCCACCUCCCCAUCACUAAAAAUAACCCGAGUCGAGCCACAGACGGGUCCACUGAGGCCGUCUCUCCCUCUCUAUCUCUCCCUCUGUAUUUCUCUCUCUCUCUCUCUCUCUCUCUCUCUUUCUUUCUUUCUUUCUGUCUGUCUAUCUGUCUGUCUGUCUGUCUUAUCACAUACUGUACAACCUCACAGCAUACACAUGUAUGUCUUUGCUGCACUCACUCUCACUUUCUGUCUCACUUUCUUUCUUUCUUUGUCUCUCCCACACACACACACACACACACACACACACACACACACACACACACACACACACACACACACACACACGCACAUUUGCAGCAGCUGUGUAUUUGCUCAGUCCAGACUGUAGACACUGUAGUCAGCAGAUUUGCUGCAGCAAACUAAGCAGUGACAAUCCCACGCUUAGGGUUUCAUACGUCUAUCUCCUCUCUCUCUCUCUCUCUCUCUCUCUCUCUCUCUCUCUUUCUUAUUUUUUUAUCUGUAAUAUGAAGUUGAGGCCGCUUUCUACGAUACCGUUUUAGUGGUACGUUAAAAAAAAACUAAAUCUAAGAUACAAGUCGUAGCAGCACUGACUGAAGUAUUAAAUGCACCCAUCAGUAUCCUUGGAUUCGACCACUGGUCACCAUUCCAGACUGCACAAAAGAGACCAUUUCUAUCUGAUAGUGAUGGUGACCUUUGCGUGCUAACACCGUGUAACUCCGGCGCACCAGUACUUCAGCCGGUGCUGCUACGACUUUAUUCUCCUAAUUUCGACUUUAUUCUCGUAAUAUUUGAUUUUUUUUUCUUUCUUCGUGCCACUAAAACGCCAUUGUAGAUUUCAGCUCUAGCAAAUUCGGUUUCCCAGAUACGUUCUGCUAUGAUACCACCAUUAAAGCAGGUUUUUAGUAAAAGAUGAUCUGUUAGGGCCUGACUGAUGACUGAUAUGGAGAAUUAAUUCUCAAUUCAAAUGGAUCGAAUUUCAUUGAUCAAUUUUUCGAUCACAGCAGCUGCUCUUUGUCUCAUUUAUUUAAAUCCGAUCACGAGUUUACAUUAUUGCUCUUUCUGAUGCUGUUGUUUGUUGUUUCUAUGGUUACGGCUCAUUCACAGGAGUAUGGGAAAUCUGUAUAUUUAAAACAGCAUUUAAUAUAAAUGUAAUUAAAAAUAAAUGUUAAUUAGCCAAAAAUAAUAGUUUUAUAUAUUUACUUUAAUGGCGUUUGGCAACCCCAUUAUGAUAUUAGAGGUAUAAAUAUUUCAAUAUCUAUAGAAAAUAAUUAAAGAUAAGGAUAGUAAGAGUAACUUUUUUAGCUGCACAAGCAGGAAAAUGUGAAAAAAAGUGUACUUUUAUCCUAAUAUUCUAUUUUUAUUAUAAGUCAGUAACUUGAGCUGUCUUUGUGGGCGUGGCUUUGGGAAAAAGCACUAAAUCAGAGAUUAUACUUUUACUCGCCAUAUUUUAUUAAAUAUAUCAGUCAGGCCCUAAUUCCUUCUCUUUAACUCUUCUGUACUGCUAUUGGAUACCAGUGUGUGUAUAUCUCAUGUGUACACAAUCAGGAAAUGCACAACAGAAUGCACAAAUGAGGUCGGUUCCAGAGGUCAAAUAUUAUAGUGAUACUUUUUUAAAAUAAAAUAAAAACACACCACUGCUUCUUACAUGCUGAACUGUUUUAACAGGGUUUUUUUUUUCAUGUAAACAGGAAUUUAGUGCUACACGUGGAAAUUAGUGCCAGAGCCAUUUUUAGAAUGUGGCCAAGAGGAAAAGCUUUCGAAUUAAGGUUUUGUAUUAUUUUUAUAGCAGCUUUUGAUGGCCAAAUGGAGUAGAUCACUGAUUAUUAGAUGAUUCCUAUAUAGCGAUGUAUUCUCUGUUUGUGAACUAAUCAUUCAGUGUGUGCAGGACAACUGAACUGGGUUGCCAUUAGAAACCAAACUCGAUUUUAUAGUCUGUUGUAAGACGAUUUUAUUUUUCAAAAAACAGAGCCACCUCAGAGAGCCCAUGGGUUAAUGUAAUACCUCAUGCACAUAGCUGUCCUGUUGUUUUAUAUCACUGACCUUUAGAUACUUAAUAAAGGAAUACAAUAAUGAGA